GAAACUUGAUCAUCUAGUGUUACACUUGCAAGAGCUUUCUGAAAACUCCAAAGUUUGACUGAAUGGGAAUUUUGCCAUGUACUUAAAUUUUUGUUGCAAAUUGAUUGGAACAAGCGUAGGAGUGCAGCAAUAACUCUGGCUGAGUAGAAGCUCCUAAGAUCCUUGAUAGAGACAGUCAAGUAGAGGAACCAUUCAAUAUCUACAUUGUGGUGCUGUGAAAAUGAAAUUUGUGUAUGCUUUACUUGUGUUGGUUAGCUACCUGAAGCUAUCAUCUGGUCAAGAUACCGUCCCGGAACAUGCAGAUCUUGUAUUUCUGGUGGACAAUUCAGAUAAUAUGGGAAAAAACAUCUUCAACCAAGUGAAAUCCUUUAUAUCCAAAACAGUUUCUCAAAUGCAAAUAGGUUCUAACCAGUAUCGGAUUGGUUUAGCACAUUAUAAUGAUGAUCUAAAGGUUGAUUUCUCUCUAUCUACCUUCAAAGCAAAAAACCCAAUAAUAAGUUAUAUAAAAAAUAAAUUUGAUUUCCAGGGUGGAUCUUUGAUGACGGGUAAUGCCCUUGGCAAAAUUAAGGAAUCUCUAUUUAAUGAAAUAAAUGGAAGAGACAAAUCAAGGUUUCCACCAGUUCUUGUUUUGAUCACGUCUGGGCCUUCUCUUGAUGAUGUUCAAAUACCAGCCGAUGCUCUUAAACAGGAAAGUGUCAGGAUUAUUGCAGUUGGACUAAAGGACGCCUCUAAAAAUCAGCUGGAAGUUAUGGCAACAUCACCAAGUCUUGCUUUUAUGAUAAACAAUGUCCGAGACCUAACUACAUUUUCAAAGGAUAUGGUUACCACGAUCCAAGAUGUGGUUAAAAAUAAUUAUUAUUCGUCAAGCACACAAGGUACUACUGCAGCUUCCCCAACAACUGCUAGCUCAUCGGGUUUUAUGAUAAAUAGCACUGCAGUUUGUGAAAAAGGUAUAGCAACAGAUCUAGUGCUGAUUGUGGACACAUCAGAACAUACAAGCAAAGAAAAUGAAGAGUUGAAGAAUUUCUUAACCAAUGUCUUAUCUGAUCUGGAGAUAAGUAAUAAAUGUGUCCAUGUGGGUCUAGUGACAUUCAACAGCCAACCAAAAUUAGUUGCUUCCCUAAAAACAGGAAUCAGCAAUUCUGUUGUGGAGGAAUUUAUAGGAGAACUGACGGUAUCAAGUGAAAAGAGUGCAAAUAUUGGAAGUGCAAUUAAUUUCACAAGAAGUGAAGUGUUUGGUGAUGCUUUUGCAAGCAGAAGGAAUCAGGGAAUAGAACAGCUUACAAUCCUGAUCGCUCAUAAGUCCUCAGCAGACAGUGUAUCAGAGGCUGCCCAUCUGCUCCGACAAGAAAAAGUUAGACUUUUCACUGUGGGUAUUUCCCAAGCUAAUGAAACCCAGAUGAAUGAAAUUGCAUCACAUCCAAAUUACUAUUAUAGCAUCAAAUUGAAUACGUUCGCUGAUCUUUCAAACAACACAGACACACUACUGAAGAAGAUUGGGAAUGCUCUUGAAAGAGAUACUCUUUACUCACCAGCACAAACAGAUCUAAUCAGACACGGAUGUCAGAAGACAGAACUAGCUGAUAUUCAUCUGCUCAUUGAUGGCUCUGGAAGUAUUUAUCCCGAUGAUUUUACAGCCAUGAAGACAUUUUUGGUGGAUCUCAUAGAUAUGUUUGACAUUGGGCAUCAGAAUGUUCGCAUUGGGUCUGUACAGUACUCUGACCGCAGUCAACUGGAGAUUGGUAUUGGUACAAAUUACACUAAAACACAAUUGAAAAUGGAGAUGAAGAACAUGAGGCAGCGAGGUGGAGGAACCAACACAGGAGCAGCAAUAAAUUUCACUCGUGAAUUAAUAUUAGAUCCCGCUAAUAUCAGGGAAGGGAAUGUGCCUGUGUAUUUUAUCGUACUUACAGAUGGAGAAUCUCAAGAUAGUGUGAAGGAGGCUGCCAUGAUCCUUAGAGAAAACAAUGUAAAUAUGUAUGCAAUUGGGGUUAAAGAAGCCAACCAAACUCAGUUGCUGGAAAUCACCGGAGAUCCCAAAAGGGUCCAUUUUGUGCAUGACUUUGAUUCUUUGAAAGACAUAAAAAAUGUUAUAGCCCAACAAAUCUGUUCUACGAAAGCUUGUCAAAAUGUGGAGGCUGAUGUGAUGUUCCUGGUUGACAGUUCUGGAAGUAUAGGCACAGAAAACUUUAAUAAAAUGAAGAAUUUUAUGAAAAGUCUGGUUAACAAAACCGAGAUUGGGCCAAAUAACUUACAGUUUGGUAUUGUCCAAUUCAGUGAUGUCAACAUGGAGGUGCUACAGCUAAAUAAGAAUGGGACCAAAGCUAUUAUCUGGGAUGCCAUUGACAAAAUGGGAUAUAUGGGCAAGGGUACAUACACCGGGAAAGCCUUGGAAUUUGUGUCUCAAUACUUCACAGAAAUGAAAGGUGCAAGACCUAAGAUGAAAAAAUUCCUGAUACUUAUUACAGAUGGAAAGGCACAAGAUGAUUUUAAACUUCAGGCUGAGUCUCUGAGAAAUAACAGUGUAAAUAUUAUCUCUGUGGGCAUUUUCAAUGCAAAUAAAACUCAACUAGAAGAAAUAAGUGGGAAGAAAGAACGAGUGCAAUAUCUAGAAUCUUUUGACGUAUUGAAGACUAUAGAAGAUAAAUUAAUUUUUGGAAUCUGCAGUCCACUUGAAGAAUGUGCAAGAAUACAAGUUGCCGAUAUUGUUUUUGUGAUGGACUCGUCAGGGAGUAUAAGUCUUGAGCAAUAUAACACAAUGAAAAAAUUUAUUACAUCAUUUGUGGAUAAAUCAAUCGUUGGGCCAAAUCAUGUUCAAUUUGGUUCUCUGAAAUAUUCGGACAACCCACAUAAGCUAUUCUACCUCAAUGAGUACCACAAUAAACAGGACAUUAUCAAGCAUAUUCAAGAUGAUCCACCUAUAGGUGGAAACACAUAUACUGCUGAGGCUUUGGAAUUUUCAAAAAGAUUUUUUACAGAAAAACAAGGCAGCCGUCAACAUAGAGGAGUCCCUCAGUAUCUUCUUGUUAUAACUGAUGGUGAAUCUCAUGACCGUGAUAAACUUAAUGAAACCUCUAAACAGCUACAUGAUGCUGGGAUCAUCAUAUAUGCCAUUGGAGUAGCCAAAGCCCAAACUGAAGAGCUAAUGACAAUGGCAGGAAGCACGGGCAAAUGGUUCUUUGUUGAGAACUUUGAUGGAUUAAGUGAAAUUUUUAAAAAUAUAUCAGAUGAUGCAUGUGACAGAACAGAAUGUCCAAGAGAAGAGGCAGAUCUUACUUUUCUUAUUGAUGGUUCUGGUAGCAUUUCAGAAUCAGAUUUCAUAGAAAUGAAAAAGUUUAUGGUGUCUGUAAUCGAAGAUUUGGAUAUUGGUGAGAACAAAGUUCAUGUAGGUGUGGCGCAAUACAGUGAUUUAUUCAAAACAGAGUUCAAACUCAAAGCAUUCUUGAAUAAGGAGAUUUUAAAAGAAAAGGUUAACGGGAUUGAAAAGAUUAAUGGAAACACCCUUAUUGGACAGGCUCUCAGGCUAACAGAUUCAGCCUUACUGAGUCCAGCAAAUGAUAGUCGUAUUAAUCAAGGUGUACAGCAGAUAUUAAUUGUGAUAACAGAUGGUGACUCACAAGAUGAAGUUGCAAAACCUGCAGAAGGUCUAAGACGUAAAGGUGUUGAUACCUAUGCUGUGGGAGUGGGAAAGGUGUCUGGAACACAACUUCUUCAAAUUGCUGGAUCUUCAAGCUCCAGGUUUUCUGUUGACUCAUUUGAUGAAUUAAAGAAUAUUAAAAAGAGAAUUGUCAGAGAUAUAUGCGAAACUCGAACAUCUAACAAUUGUUCAGUUGAUGUCGUUGUUGGUUUUGACAUAUCAACCUAUCCCAAUUAUGCCCAAUUAUUCACUGGGCAAAACCUUCUGAGAGCCAGAAUUGCUCAUAUCUUACACAGUAUGAUGAACUUGAGAAGUCCAAGCUGCAACCCUGGUGUCAAACCUCAAGUCAGUGCAACCUUUUAUUUACCAAAUGCUAAUAAUUCAAUUUCUCCUCUCUUUCACACCUAUAGUCCUGAUUUAGCUCAGAACCUCAAAGACAUUCAUGUCAAUGGCUCUUCCUAUAUGACAUCACUCGUUCUUCAGUCAAUGUGGAAGACAUUUCAAAACACAGAUAAAGGAAAAGCAAAGAUGAUGCUGGUCUUUACAGAUGGCCUAGAUGAGCAAGUUGAAGACCUUAAGCGAACAGUGGAGGAUCUUCGAAGGCAAGGACUAACGGCCUUAGUGACUAUUGCUUUGGAAGGAACAAAGGGAUAUGAUGAUAUCAAACAUAUAGAAUUUGGCAGAGGCUUUGAAUACAGCUAUCAGAUGAAUAUUGGAAUGUCAGAUAUUGGAGUUAGACUAGCCAGACAAACGUCCCAUGUUAAUGAGAAGACAUGUUGCUGUGUAUUCUGCAAAUGCAUUGGACAAAGUGGACUUCCUGGAAUACCUGGGCGAAAAGGACAAAAAGGGCUACCUGGACGAAAAGGAGAUCCAGGACAUCCUGGAGAAGAAGGAACAGAUGGUGACAGAGGAUUACCUGGUCCAAUGGGAGAAAGUGGUGACAAAGGAUGUGCAGGAGUCAAGGGCCCCAAGGGUUCAAGAGGGUUUCCAGGAAAACAGAAUGAAAAUGGAGAACAAGGGCUUGAUGGACUUCAUGGAGAAAAGGGGAAGUCUGGAUCUCUAGGAAUAAAAGGAGAGAAGGGUGAAAAAGGAGAACUAGGUAAAUCUGGAUUAAAGGGAACUAAAGGAUAUAAGGGAUUUAAAGGCCAGAAGGGUGACCUGGGAAAUCCUGGAAAUGACAGCAGUAUUCCUGGACCAGCAGGUCCUAAAGGAGACCCAGGAAUAGAGGGUGAAUCAGGAAUGGAAGGAAAACCUGGAGAACCUGGUGCUGAUGGACUUGAUAAUCUUCCUGGCAGAAGAGGGGUGAUGGGCUCACAGGGAACUAAAGGUGAUCCUGGUGUGCCAGGCAUUGAAGGAGAACACGGGUUUAAAGGUCCUCAGGGAGAUGAAGGUAUUCCAGGAAUUCAUGGAGACAAGGGAAGAAAUGGUCCAGAUGGCAUUCCGGGUCCCUUUGGUAUUCCAGGAGGUAAGGGAGAGCCGGGCAACCCUGGACAAAAAGGAAAGAAGGGUGAACCUGAAGAACCUGGAGAAAAAGGAGACUUUGGGGAAAAAGGACUCAGAGGCGUUGAGGGUGAAAAAGGUCUAGAUGACUACGGAGCACCUGGCAAAAAAGGAGACAAGGGGCAGCAAGGACGACAAGGAGACAUUGGUAUUAAGGGAGAGCGAGGACAUCCUGGUGUAGAAGGAGAUCAAGGACACAAAGGAGAACUAGGAAAAACAAUCUAUGGGAGGCAAGGUGAUGUAGGAGAUCCAGGUUUACCAGGACAUCUUGGUAGAAGGGGACAAAAAGGAAUUCGAGCCCAAACUGAUCAAUCUCCUUGUGAGCUAAUUAACUACAUCCGGAAGACCUGUCCUUGUUGUCAAGGACAAAUCACCUGCCCUGUGUAUCCAACAGAAUUGGUGUUCGCACUGGACAUGUCCAAUGACGUGAAACCAGAAACCUACAAUAAAAUGAUAGAAAUUGUGACUUAUAUAUUGAAUAAUAUUACUGUCAGAGGUAAUAACUGUCCUACUGGUGCAAGAGUGUCUGUGAUGUCCUAUAACCAAUAUCCCAGGUAUCUGGUGAGGUUUUCAGAGUUCCAAAGCAAAGAAAAAUUGCUUAAUGUCGUAAAGAACAUACCUCUGGAAAGUUCCAGUGAAGUUCGCAGUAUUGGAAAAAGCAUGAGAUUUGUGGCCAGGAAUGUCUUCAAAAGAUCUCUACAAGGAGCCACUGUAAGAAAAAUUGCACUGUUCUUCAGCAAUGGUCGUACUGAUGACCCUGCUGCACUCAGCACAGCCAUCAUGGAAUACAACGCUCUUGAGAUCAUACCGGCAGUUAUAACAUUUACCCCAGCACCUGCAAUCAAACGAGCCUUUUCAAUUGAUGAUUCGGGGACAUUUCGGUUGAUUGAGAUUUCUGCACAAGAUGAUUAUGAAUCUCAAGUACAGACCUUAAUGAAGUGUACCCUUUGUUAUGAUACAUGUAAACCAGAUGUAUUCUGUGCGGAAAGUAAUUAUGUACUAAAAAAGGCACCUAUGGAUGUGGGUUUUCUCUUGGACAGUUCUUAUCACAUGACAGUUGAUGAGUAUGCAGCAGCAAGAAACUUCAUCAGUACAUUGAUUGACGGGCUUGAUAUUCCGAACACUGGUGCUCGAGUGGCUUUGGUUAGUAGUGCAACCCCCGGCUUUAGCCCAGACAAUGAAGGGAAGCCUUAUCUUGAAUUUGAUUUUUCAACAUAUAGUAGUACAGAGCUUAUGAAGAGACACCUCCAGGAAAACACCCAUAGCUUGCGAGAUCCACCAGCUUUUGGACUUUCGUUGAAAUGGAUGCUUGAAAACAUCAUGUCUAAAACAUCUGACCUAAAGAAAAAUAAGGCCAUUAUCAUGAUAUUAGCUGGAGAGACAAGCGACUGGGAUAAACAAACUCUGAGGGAAGUUUCUUUGGAAGCCAAGUGUAAAGGUUUUGCUCUGUUUGUACUUUUCAUUGGCAGAACUUAUAAUAAUACUGAACUGAUGGAACUUCCAAGUGCUCCCACAGAACAUCACCUGCUCCAGCUGGGUGAAGUCCACAAACCAAAUUUUGGAUAUGCAGCCAGAUUUACCCGGGCAUUUCUGAAAUCUGUUAAAUUGUCAAUAAACAAAUAUCCUCCACCAGAAUUAAAAGCAAAUUGUCUUAAUGUGAAUGGUAGAAGAACAAAAAGAUUGAUGAGUUGAAACAGAAGAGAAGGCCGGAUUAACUUAAAUUCUCAUCUGAAAGGAAAUGAUCUGACCUGACUUGCCUGACCAUGCAAUAUUAUUAUCUUCAAUGAAGUUUUCACCAAAUCUGGACCAACUGUCACAUAAUCAUGUUAGGCAAACAUAACAGAGACUACUAUAGUCGUCAUGACAAUGUAAAAUGCUUAGCAAUUCUUAACUUUGGUUGUGUUUUAUGUUCUUUAAUGGUUUAAGAUGCAACAUGCUGAAGAAUGACUUAUUAAUGUGUGAAUGCAAUGAAUACUAUUUUUUCUAAUACAGGAAACAAAUUUACGCAGGGCAUGACAAUGUGUGAAAUCAAUAAGUGACAAUACCCCUAGCCCCAGUGAAUAAGGCUCAAUAGCACCAUACUUGAUAAAAUGCGUAUUACUGGCAAGGUACUUCUCCAAGUCAAUCCAAGCUCCCACUUCAAUGGCCGCUCCCUCUCACUGAAUAUUCUUAUAAAGAAGACCAGAACAAGGAUUACAAGUAGAAAAAACAAAGGGAUUACUGGGCACUACUAGUGCUAGUAGUUUAACAAGUGUUUAACACUUUGCAAUAUUCUAAUCUGAAUUAUUAAAGGGGUUAUCCCAUCUUAGACAAUGGGGGCAUAUC